AUGGCAGCCAAAAAAAUCAACAAAACAUCUUCGUCGUCAUCUUCCACAGCACCCUUCAAGAAACCAAGACGUGAUGCAAAAUGGCGUGCUAUGAUGAAGAGACGCAAUGCCAUCAUGAAGAGAGGGACUUGUUUCGAAAUCUUGAAAGAAGCUGCUGCUGGAUGCAGUUUGGAAACGAGCCAUGGGGUUACUUGGGCCAGAUGUUGCCUACUUGGUAAAGGUGGUUAUGGUUCUGUUUUUCUUGCUAAAAGAACAACAACAACAACAACAAGCGGUGGUGAUCUUCCUGAUAAAAUUGCUGUAAAAUCCGCUACUUUAGAGAAGGCGUCUACCCUCAAGCAUGAAAAGAGGGUUCUUUGCGAUCUUAAAGCAAGCCCUAAUGUUAUCAAGUGCUACGGAGAUGAAAUUACCGACACGGGUUGCGACGGAGAAAAAAUCUACAACCUUCUCUUAGAGUUUUGUUGUGGGCUCAGUUUACAUCGUCAGAUUAAACUGUCAGGUUCUGGGUUACCCGAGUCUGAUGUCAGGAAAUAUACAAGAGAUGUUGUUAAAGGCCUGAAGUACGUUCAUUGUCGCGGGUAUAUUCACUGCGAUGUGAAGCCAGGUAAUAUCUUGCUCGUGCCUGGUACUGAAGAAAGGAGUGGGGGUUUUGUUGCAAAAAUUGCAGAUUUUGGAUUGGCAAUGUCCAUUUAUGAAAAUCAGAAUUGGGGUGAUGAUCUGAUUGGGACAUAUCCUUAUAUGUCGCCAGAAGUGGUCAAAGAGAAGAGAUAUGAUUACAGUGCAGAUAUUUGGGCACUCGGUUGUACUGUGGUGGAGAUGUUGAGUGGUAAACCUGUAUGGCCUCGCAUGGAUGUUCCAGGUUAUUUGUAUACGAUAGGCGACAGUCAGGAUUUGCCUCAGAUACCAAGUUCUAUAUCUGAUCAUGCCAAGGAUUUCCUGGGGAAGUGUCUUGUAAGGAAUGCUGCUCAGAGAUGGUCUGCGGACGAGUUGCUAGAACACCCAUUUCUUUCGGUGGGUUAG